AUGGGUGUGAAUACAUACUGGCGUCCCGUGGAGGAAUUGAGACGUCUGGGUGCUAUUCGCACCUUUCUUCUAAUUAUUUUAUGGAUGUGUUCGGUUAUUCCACAGAUUCAGGCGGACUUAUGCGAGACAACUUUGAAAGUUCACGGACAGCAAAUUAAUUCUAUGCGAAUGAUUCUGAAUAUUUGCGAUAUUGAAACAACGGUGGAUACGGAGAUUUUGUUUGCUGCCCUGCAAGUAGUUAUUGGUUGUGUAUGUGGUCCACUGGAGCGAGGACGUAAUGGACGCAGCAUAUCGUCACCUCCAGCGAGUGAAAUGAGCUCAAUAGUAGUUUCGCAAAGCAGUUCGGAGUCUCGAGUGAGCUGCCGUGGAGGUCUCGGAACAUUAACUAAACCACGAAAGCAGCGAAAGGAAACGGUUGAUUCUGGUCUCGAAAAGGCAUGGGAUGUAAUUCGAAAAAAUAAUGGAAUCCUGGUUUUGAAAAAACUGUUGUAUACGGAAACCCCGCCUACAGAAGCGGAUUUAUUGCGUGCGUACGCAUGCGAGGCGCUGAAUGGCUUAGCACGUUCAGAACCUGUUCGUCAAAUGUUGGAAGUGAUGCCACUUAUUUCAAAUAGCGAGCUUUGUGGUGAGUGUGUUGCUAGUUUUUUAUGCCUUUUGUGCUGUGUAACAGCAGUACAAAACACAUAUUGUCAUGGAGUUGUGUGUGUGUGUGUCCCACAUUUUGUCCCGCACUUUCAACUCGGAAACCACAAAAGCUAG